UCAGAAGAAUAUUUAUCGUCUUUUUUAUAAUGUACAAUUAAUUAUAGAACUUCAUAUCCGCUUUGUGCAGCUGAUAUUAAAUUAUAUCUUCUUUUAUUUUAUUUUAUUUUUAUCAACAACCAUCCGCAAAUAUAUCAUUAACAUUUUCAUCAUGAAUCUCAUACUGAAAAGAAGUAAAUUUAUUUUAUUUUUAAUAUUAAUAAUUUGCGUUUCAAGUAAAUAUUGUAGGAGAAUAAAAAGAAUUGUUGGUGGUAUAGAAGCUGAAAAGCCACCCGAAGAUGAUCCAGUUGUUUUUGUUGAUGAAAAUAAUCGUGAUUCACGAGUUUAUGGUGUUAGAGAUCCUGACAAAGGAUUUUAUGUUUUUAAAGGAAUUAGAUUUGGUGAAGCACCAGUUGGUCGUCAUCGUUUUCAGCGACCAAGAGCUGUACAUCUUGAUGGAGAAUACAAUGCAACAACUUGGGGUCCACCAUGUCCUCAAGAUAGCAAUGGACAAACUAUUGGAUCUGAAGAUUGUUUAUUUUUAAAUGUUUUUACACCAGCUCUCCCUGAUUCUGGUGAUGGUUAUCCUGUAUUAAUUUGGAUUCAUGGAGGUGGAUUUAGAUUUGGAGCAGCAUGUCAAUAUGAAAUGAGAAAUUUAAUUAAAAAAAACAUGGUUGUUGUGUCAAUUCAAUAUCGAUUGGGUUCUUUAGGAUUCUUAAGUACAGGCACAGGUGAUUUACCUGGCAACAAUGGAAUGUUUGAUAUGAUAUUAGCUGUUAACUGGGUGAAAAAAUAUAUUGGAUAUUUUGGUGGAAAUCCAAAUAAAAUUGUUGCUUUUGGUCAUGGAAGUGGUGCAAGUGCUGCAUUGAUGCUUUCACUUUCAAAAUUGACAACUAAUUAUUUCAGUGGAUUAAUUGCCAUGUCUGGCUCUAUGCUGUCAAGUUUUGUCAUUGACAAAACUCCAAUGAUUACAGCUAAAUAUAUUGCUUCAAAUCAUGAUUGUCCAACUGACAAUAAUCGUGACAUGAUACGGUGUUUACAAGAAUUACCAGUUAGUAGUUUAAUUGAUGAAGAUAGUAAAUUUGCAAAAUUACAAACAGAAGCUUUAGGAUUUGUUUCUGCAAUAUCUUCUUUGUUAGGUCCAGGACCAGUGAUUGAGGGCAGUGAUGAUUUAAGAUCAUUGCCAAAUUUCAUGACAGAUAGUCCAGAAAAUUUCCUAAGCCUUGGUAAAUUUCCUGAAAUUCCUUUACUCACUGGCAUCAUGAAGGAUGAAACUGGUGGUGCAAUAUCUGGUGAUUACAAAGAUGAAAUAACAAAUAAUUUAAAAACAAUACCAAAUUAUUUAAAUAAAAAAUUAAUCACAUCACUUCAAGAUAAAAUUUCUAACUUUGGAAAUAAAUCAAGACAAUUUGUUCCUGAUGCAUUUAAUAAAUACUUAGGUAUUGGAGAAAAAAAUAAUGCAUUAACAAGUUUAAAAAAAAUAACUGAUACAUUAAAUGAUGCAAUUUUUAAUACACCUGCAUUUUUAACUGCUAAUUAUUGGAGUAAAAAAGCUGAAACAUUUUUUUAUAGUUUUGAUUAUAAUAAUAAUCGUCGUUCAUAUGGAAAAUUAUUUUUAAAUGGUUUACCAAUAGUUGAUUCAAGAAGUAAUAAAGCUGGUAAUUUGGGUCAUGGAGAUGACUUGGGAUAUGUAUUUCGUGCAAAUGAUAUUUUUGGAAAAAAAAUACCUUCAACACGUGAAAGUCCAGAUGAAGAAAAUGUCAUAGAAACUUUUACCAGUAUGAUUGCACAAUUUGCAAGAACAGGAAAACCAAAAAUAUCAACUAAAUUUUCAAAUAAUGAUAAUUCUUUUGUCAGUAUAACUGACAAAGCAACAACUAUGAAAAAUUUUCGUUUUUGUGAAAUAGGAUUAUGGAUUGGUGCUGUUGAUCGUUUAAAUUCAGCAAGUUGUAGUGUUUUAAAAGUCACAACUGAGACUGUUGAACGUUUAUCAACUGAUAUUGUUGGCAUAGUUUCAUCUCCAGUUGAUACAAUUGAAAAUAUUGGAGGACAAUUUAUCCCAAAUAUUCCAGUUGGAAAAGAAGCAAUAAAUUCUAGUAAUCCAAUUGAAUCUACAGUCUCAAAAAUAUUUCCAAAAAUACCAAGUUUUGGCUUUUUAUCUCCUUAAUGUAUUUUAUAAAAAUGAUUCACUAUUUUCAAUGUUUAAUCUUUAAAUCAUAAUGAUUAUAUCACUUAAUAUCGAAUAUAUAAAAUUAUAAAUAUCAAUUAAAUUGUUAUUGAGAAAUUUAA